AUGUCCGACGAAUCCUCUUCCACUAAGCCAGCCAGCACGACACCGGAGAAAAACCCAGCUAACCACGAUACCAACGUUUCUGCUAUGCCACCAAAACCUCCAACUCUUACUCUCAUCCUUGCAGCCACACCGAAUCUUGGAAUAGGAAACGGCGGAGGCUUACCAUGGCCACAGCUGAAAAAAGAGAUGGGAUUCUUUGCGCGAGUGACCAAGCGCACGUCGCCUGUUACAUCGUCGGAGAGCAUCAAGAAAGUGAACGCUGUGCUCAUGGGUCGCAAAACAUGGGAGAGCAUACCGCCCAAAUUUCGACCUCUGAAAGAUCGCUUGAACAUCGUUGUUACUUCAAAGCCAGAAGAAUUCGCGAGUAAACUAGACAAGAAGAUUGAAGUUGAAGGGCCGAUGGUAUGCUCUAGUGUACUAGAUGCUAUAUCCCAGCUUGAAAGUCAGCAUGAGAACAAAUUGUCAAACUCGAAUAUGGAGCUGGACAAGGUCUUCGUCAUUGGCGGGGCAACCAUAUACAAUACGGCGCUGGAGCUUCCACAGACGAAGCGAGUGCUUCUCACAAAGAUUCAUAAAGAGUUUGAGUGUGACACAUUCUUUCCGAUCAACCUGGACGAGACCACGAUUUGGAGGAAUGCUAGCAGAGAGGAAGUGCAGGAUUUUACUGGUGAAGAGAUCCAAGAGGGUGGUAUUGAGGAGCAGGGUGUCAAGUUCGAGUUUUGCAUGUACGAGCGGGAGUGA